GAGACUAUGAGAGAUAAGGCUUUGAAACACUUCAGGCAAGGUGGAAAGGCAUUGGCUAUUGCUCAUAAGAAAGAACCAGAGAGCUUGUAUGAUAAUCCUCAACUAUAUCCACAGAUGUUCCCUUGGCUCUUUCCAUAUUGUCUAGGUGGCCUUGGCAAUAACAGAAGUCAGCAAGCUGUGUCUGAAAUGCUUCAUAAGAAGCACUUACUUAUGUACCAUAAUAAGAGAUUCCAGAUGGAUCCAUACUUUUCCUUGAUUACAUUUAAUCAUGAGCAGAUUAAGAAGGCUACUACUGGAGAGUAUUUGCUGGCUAACAAAGAUAACUUUGACCAAAUCUCUACUCGCUUACUCAACACCAAGGACUCUGUGCUUACA